AUGACAUCAACCGAUCAAGCAUCACAUGUACGGCUACAAACAUCACAAGGGAAUAUAACCUUAGAGUUAUACUGGAAACAUGCUCCAAAAACAUGCGAAAACUUUUCACAAUUAGCCGAAAGAGGAUAUUAUGAUGGCACGCCAUUUCAUAGAAUCAUUUCGGAUUUUAUGAUUCAAGGUGGUGAUCCGACAGGAACGGGCAGAGGAGGAACGAGUAUUUAUGGAGAAAAAUUUCAAGAUGAAUUCACGCCUGAAUUGCGAUUCGUAGGUGCAGGUGUUUUAGCCAUGGCUAAUAGCGGACCAAACACCAAUGGUAGUCAAUUUUUCAUCACUUUGGCUCCUACACCCUUUCUAGAUCGCAAACAUACCAUCUUUGGUCGAGUGAGCGAUGGAAUGGAUGUUGUGCAGAGGAUGGGACUUGUUGCGACAGAUAGCACAGAUAGACCACGAGAUGAGGUAAAGAUAAUCAAAGCAACAGUGCUAUAGCAAAGAGAGGGUAUUGGAAUUGUAUUUUACACAGCAAAUCAUCUAUAUUGUACUUUUACACGCCUUUCAACUCGUUUGCACUUCUUCCACUUUUUCCUUCACUUCUUCAAUCGCUUGUUGUGCCUGUUCUUUUCCCGAAUUUCCCCACCAUUCUCUUCCUGCUUCAUAAGAGCCCAAAUAAAUACCCGCUCCUAAUGCUGUCCAAACACUUCGCAGCGUUCCACCUUUCAUCAAGCCUC